UGGGGAACAUUAUAGUGAUAACGUGUUAGGCUACAGGCUAAGGAUAGGCAAGUCAUCACUCAUCAUUCGUAUCCUAUGUGAACAACGUAGCUAACAUGACCUUGACGUCGCUCGUUUCAUUUCGUCCUUCAUCCACCUGGCUAUACCAUCAGAGCGCCGGUAUAGAGCGGUUCUUGUCCUUUUUUUCCAAAUUCCUUCCUAUUUCCUCUGUCACAUCCUCAGCUAUCCCAUCUCCUCCACGUAGCGUAUCUGGCUCCUUCAUGGCAGACUGCCAUGAUCCAGAUGGCUGGUUCCCUUUUUUUUUCUUGGUUUUCUUUCUUGCAUUUUAUAGCAUCAUGCACAAAGCGGCUUCAAUUGGCGCGGCAGGUAUCUGCCAAAGGAGUGACUAUCCUCUUUGAUGGAAAGAGGAGGGACAUCCAAUGCACGGCGUGUUCGGUCUUUCGACACGGGAAGCGACU